CGCGCCGCGCCGCGCAGGGCAGGGCAGAGCCGGCGGAGCGCGCAGCGGAGGCGCCGCCGCCAUGGGCUGCACCGUCAGCGCCGAGGACAAGGCGGCCGCCGAGCGCUCCCGCAUGAUCGACCGCAACCUGCGGGAGGACGGCGAGAAAGCGGCGCGGGAGGUCAAGCUGCUGCUGCUGGGUGCCGGCGAGUCUGGGAAGAGCACCAUCGUCAAACAGAUGAAGAUCAUCCACGAAGAUGGCUACUCAGAGGAGGAGUGCCGGCAGUACAAAGCCGUGGUCUACAGCAACACAAUCCAGUCCAUCAUGGCCAUCAUCAAGGCCAUGGGGAACCUGCAGAUUGACUUCGGGGAUUCCUCCAGAGCGGACGACGCUCGCCAGCUCUUUGCGCUCUCCUGUGCUGCGGAAGAGCAGGGCAUCAUGCCCGAGGACCUUGCCAACGUGAUCCGGAGGCUGUGGGCUGACCACGGGGUCCAGGCCUGCUUUAACCGCUCCCGCGAAUACCAGCUGAACGACUCCGCCGCCUACUACCUGAAUGACCUGGAGAGGAUAGCCCGGGCCGACUACAUCCCCACCCAGCAGGAUGUGCUGCGGACCAGGGUGAAGACCACCGGCAUCGUGGAGACCCACUUCACCUUCAAGGACCUCCAUUUCAAGAUGUUCGACGUGGGCGGCCAGCGCUCGGAGCGCAAGAAGUGGAUCCACUGCUUCGAGGGGGUGACGGCCAUCAUCUUCUGCGUGGCCCUCAGCGCCUACGACCUGGUGCUGGCAGAAGACGAGGAGAUGAAUCGGAUGCACGAGAGCAUGAAGCUGUUCGACAGCAUCUGCAACAACAAGUGGUUCACGGACACGUCCAUCAUCCUCUUCCUCAACAAGAAGGACCUCUUCGAGGAGAAGAUCGUGCACAGCCCCCUGACCAUCUGCUUCCCCGAGUACAGCGGUGCCAACAAGUACGACGAGGCAGCCGGCUACAUCCAGAGCAAGUUCGAGGACCUGAACAAGCGGAAGGACACCAAGGAGAUCUACACGCACUUCACCUGCGCCACCGACACCAAAAACGUGCAGUUUGUCUUUGAUGCCGUCACCGACGUCAUCAUCAAAAACAACCUGAAGGACUGCGGGCUCUUCUGAGGGUGGCGAGGCCGUGCCGACGAAGGAAGGAGCGCGCUGCCCAGCGAUUUCUGCUUCUCCUCUUUGGUUUCAUCCCCCCCCCGGCCCCGAUUUCCCCCUAAAGAGACGUUUUGGUGACGACUGUGGCAGUGGGGUGGGAGUGCGCUGCCCAGUGGCGCCCAGCCUGGGGCCAUCCCCACCGUCCCCUACAGCCGCCGGUCCCUCCAGUCCUCCCCCCCGUGUCCCCCCCCUUGGCCAGUGGGGCCAGGGGGCAGGGACUUUUCCCUCGUGGUUGCUAACCGGUCACCCCAGCCCCUUUUUUUUAUUGGGUUCCAGGAAAUCACUUCUGCACCGUUUACAUCCAAAAAAAGUCGUGCCCGGGGAAGUGCCGCGGGGCUCCCACCACCGCAGGGGCCGGUGAAGGGACCCCCACCCCCCCACGAGGAGCCACGACUGAUAACAUUCCUUUUAAAUAACAGAAAAGACAAAAAAAAAACAAAAAAAAACAAACCCAAACCCACACACC